AUGUCUCCUCCCAAGCCCUCGGUGGUGAUGGAGGCGCACGAGGUCGACACCUUCCACGUCCCCAAAGCUUUCCACAACAAGCGCCCCGGCGGAACUCACCUCAAGGACAUCGACGAGUACAAGAAACUCUAUGAUGAAUCUAUUCGCAGCCCCGACGUCUUCUGGGCCCGCAUGGCCCGUGAGCUGCUCACCUUCGAGAAGGAUUUUGAGACCACCCACUUCGGCUCAUUCGAGAACGGCGACAAUGCCUGGUUCCCCGAGGGGCGCCUGAAUGCUUCUUACAACUGCGUCGACCGCCAUGCGCUCAAGAACCCCAACAAGGUCGCCAUCAUCUACGAGGGCGACGAGCCCAACGAGGGCCGCACCAUCACAUACGGCGAGCUGCUGCGCGAGGUCUCUCGCGUUGCCUGGGCGCUGAAGCAGCGCGGUGUCAAGAAGGGCGAGACGGUCGCCAUUUACAUGCCCAUGAUUCCAGAGGCCCUCGUUGCCUUCCUCGCCUGCUCGCGCAUUGGUGCCGUGCACUCCGUCGUUUUCGCCGGUUUCUCCUCCGACUCCCUCCGGGACCGUGUCAUUGACGCUGAUUCCCGUGUCGUCAUCACCACUGAUGAGGGCAAGCGUGGCGGCAAGGUCAUUGGUACCAAGCGCAUUGUCGAUGAGGCCCUUAAGCAGUGCCCCGAUGUGCACACCUGCCUCGUCUACAAGCGCACCGGUGCCGAGGUCCCCUGGACCCAGGGCCGUGACUUGUGGUGGCACGACGAGGUCGAGAAGUACCCCAACUACAUUGCCCCCGAGUCGAUGAGCUCCGAGGACCCUCUUUUCCUGCUCUACACCUCUGGCUCUACCGGUAAGCCCAAGGGUGUUAUGCACACUACCGCCGGUUACCUGCUGGGUGCGGCCAUGACCGGCAAGUACGUGUUUGACAUCCAUGAUGACGACCGCUACUUCUGCGGUGGUGACGUGGGCUGGAUUACCGGUCACACCUACGUUGUGUACGCUCCUCUCCUGCUCGGAUGUGCCACCGUUGUCUUCGAGAGUACCCCCGCCUACCCCAAUUUCUCGCGCUACUGGGACGUGAUCGACAAGUACGAUGUCACUCAGUUCUAUGUCGCCCCCACUGCCCUGCGUCUGUUGAAGCGCGCUGGUAACGAGCACAUCCACCACAAGAUGAAGUCUCUGCGUAUCCUGGGCUCUGUUGGCGAGCCCAUUGCCGCCGAGGUUUGGAAGUGGUACUUCGAGGCUGUUGGCAAGGAAGAGGCCCAUAUUUGCGACACUUACUGGCAAACCGAGACUGGUUGCAACGUGAUCACCCCUCUUGGAGGUAUCACCCCCACCAAGCCCGGCAGUGCUUCUCUGCCCUUCUUUGGUAUUGAGCCCGCCAUCAUCGACCCUGUCUCCGGCGAGGAGAUCACUGGCAACGAUGUUGAGGGUGUUUUGGCCUUCAAGCAGCCUUGGCCUAGCAUGGCCCGCACCGUUUGGGGUGCACACAAGCGCUAUAUGGACACUUACUUGAACGUCUACAAGGGUUACUACUUCACGGGUGAUGGCGCUGGUCGCGAUCACGAAGGCUACUACUGGAUUCGUGGCCGCGUUGACGACGUCGUGAACGUGUCUGGCCACCGUUUGUCCACUGCCGAAAUUGAGGCUGCUCUUCUCGAGCAUUCUAUGGUCGCCGAGGCUGCCGUUGUCGGUAUUUCCGAUGAGCUCACCGGCCAGGCUGUCAACGCCUUCGUUGCUCUCAAGGAGGGCAACGAGACCAGCGACCAGGUGCUCAAGGACCUGGUGAUGCAGGUUCGCAAGUCGAUCGGUCCCUUCGCCGCCCCCAAGGCUGUCUUCGUCGUCGAUGACCUGCCCAAGACCCGCAGUGGAAAGAUUAUGCGCCGUAUUCUGCGCAAGAUCCUCAGUGGUGAGGAGGACAGUCUUGGUGACACUUCAACGCUCUCCGACCCCAGCGUUGUGGACAAAAUUAUUGAAACUGUCCACGCUGCUCGCAAGAAGUAA